AUGGUAGGAGGAGAAUAUCAUCAGUCGUAUAGUUUACAUCAAGGUUAUCAUAAUAAUCCAAAAAACAAACACAGGCAACAACAAAAUAACCAAGUGAGUCCUAAUGAAAAAAAUCUCGUUUCUCCAAUCAGUACAGAAAAUAUUGAUCAACUGAAUAAUACACCUGUUUCUUCAUCUGCCACUACCAGCCUGGAUAACAAAAAUCACAAAACUUAUCAGUAUACUCAGGUCUUACAAUUAGAGCAUGCAAUUACUAAUUUCGUUGAAGUAUUCAACAAGAUCAUGGCUUUAUCACCUAAUCUACACGAAUACAACACAAUUUUAGAAAAAAGUAAAAACAAACCAGAUUCUGUCCAAUUAGAAAUUUUACCUGCAUUGCAUAGAUUUAAAUUGAAAUUAGCAUCUGAAUUAGUAUCUUUGAAACAAUUGGGCAAAUUAGAUAUUUUGGAAAAUGUCAAUAAUUAUGAAUCAGCCUUUAAUGAACUGAAAACCAAAAAUAAGAUCUAUAAGCCCAUUUUGUUUGAUAAAGAUGACUAUAAUAGACUAGUGGAAAUGGACAAUAGUAGAAAGGGUAGAAAAAGAGGAAUAGAUGAUGCAUAUGAAUCCAAUGAAGAUGAUGAUCAGUUCCAAUAUGUUAAUGGAGAUGAGACUGGUGAUCGCAGCGAAGCAGAACAAGAGGUAGCAGAAGAAAGGGAAGAAGAAGAAGAAGAAGAAGAAGAAGAAGAAGAAGAAGAAGGUGCAGAAAAAGUCAAGACAGAAGAAGACGGAUACGAUCUUUCUGUGGUUCAAAGUUUGAACAAUAAUAAUGAUAGUAACAAUGCUGAUUCCUCUAAAUGGCCACCUAAACUUCCUGUAAUUAAGAACCCUGCUAUUAGAGCACGUGUUUUUACACAUAAAUCAUUGAUCAACGAUAAAUUGUAUCUAACUGAAUCUGAUAUGUUGAAAACCCACAAUGAAAGAUUGGAAUUUUUGGGAGAUGCUAUUUUGAAUACCACCAUAACAAUGUUAUUGUACAAUAAAUUUCCCAAAUUUAGCGAAGGACAAUUAUCUAAGAUGAGAAUGAAACUAAUCAAUAACGAAAGAUUGAAGGAGUGGGCGUUUUUAUACAAACUCAAUGAUAAAUUGAAAGUUAACUUGGAUAAUAAAACCAAAUUAGACAAUGGCCAAACCAUUUUCCAACAGGGAAAACAAAAAUUAUAUUCAGAUGUUUUUGAAGCCUAUAUUGGUGGGUUGAUUGAGGAUGAUCCUAAAAAGAAUUUGCCAAGGGUAAGAAAAUGGCUAUCAAAAUUAAGUGAACCUGUAAUUGAUGAAGUUAUUAAUCAGAAGAAGGAUUUCAUUGAAAUUAAUGAGAAAGUUGAUGUAAAUGCCAAAAAAACAUUGUACUCCUUAAUCGGAUAUGCUGCAUUAGAUUUACACUACGUUCCUGUUAAGAAACCCACAACAGAUAAGCCUUAUGCUGAAGUACAAUGCAGGGUUAAAGAUGAGGUGGUUUUAGGGAUAGGAAGAGGUAAAAACGUUAAAUUAGCUGGUAUGAAGGCAGCCCAAAACGUUUUAAAUAACCAGGCUCUGGUGGAACAAUAUGCUAAUAUCAGGGCAUCUAUUCCAAGGGAGGAAUCUGUAACAAAGCCAGAAAGAAGAAAAUCGAGUCAUAUUUCACAGCAUCAAGGAAAGGCCUUUGUUAAUACUAAUACCGUUAACGCCAAUAAAUCUGGCAUCCAACAGAAAUUCCACAAUAAAAGACAAUUCUAUAAUAAUAAUAAUAACAAUUUUCAGCGCCAAAAUAACAAUAGAUUUUCAAAUGGCAAAAUGAAUAACGGUAUCUAUGUCAAUAACAAUAGUUAUAAUAAUAGACAAUAUAGUAUACAGAACAGUAAUGCUGUUGCUACCACUAAUACUACUACUACUAACGCCAUAAAUACUUCUACUAUCGUUACAGAUUAUAACAAUAACAACGAUGCUACUAAUAAUAAUAUUAAUAAUCAGAAUACUAAAAGGAUUAAAUUAACACCCGAUGGUGAAUUUAUUUAUCAGUGA